GAUGGCCAUAAACGUUGACUAUGACAUUAAGAAAGGUAGAUGUGGGUUAACUCAUCUCUUAUCUCCUGUGAAAUGUUACUCUGCGUCCCUAUCGCGUCCUCCUUUCCUCCCCCGAGCGAACUGUGAAACCAAACUAUCAACCAAACCUCAGGCACUCGCGCAAAUGGUUAUUCACCUCGUCUUGAGCCCAUCCUGGUCCUUGUAUGAGUUUUGUUCAUUAUGAUUGUUGGUUUUGGGCUGUAUAUACCAUUAACGAACCGUUGAGUUGUUGCAUUUAUGAUGUUCAUGAGAUUUUUUUUAUUAGAAGAUGCAGCAUCACUGGUGAGGAGGACAAUAAAAUCAAGACUUUGUGACUAAGUUAUCCAAGAACCUGAGGAGGGAGUGGUAGUGAUGGGGGACCACAGACAAGAAUCACAUGGCUGCUGUGGUAACCAUGAACCAGCAAACCACCAUGUCCAUUUCUCUGAGGACACAGAUAAACUGGGCAACACGGCCAUCGUUGUUAAGGAGAAGGAGGAAGGCACCAAGUAUGAAGCUCAUGUUGGGUUCCUACAGAUCCUGCACUGGUACCACAUCACAAUCAAAGUUCCCGUGAAGGACGCCGCUGAAGGCUACACCAUAGGAGAGAAUCAAGGUGUGCACUGUCGAGCUGAGAGCUUAAAGGUGGUAGAGGGUGGUGAGCUGGAGGUUUUGGUGAACAUGUUGGCUCAUAAGGAGAAGCUGCUGAAGGAGGCCGUCACCCUGAUCAAGCCAUCUGGCGAGGAGCUGAAGCUUAUUGUUUUUGCGAGAGUUUUAGGCAAGCAGAAGGGCACCCCCAUGCUGCGGAAUGGCAUCAAGUCUUACAAAGUGGAGCAUGACGAGGAGUCUGAAGCAUCAGACUGGCAAGGAUUUACAUAAAUAGCUCAUUGUUCAGGGGGAGGUGAUGGCUGAGUGGUCAACAUGUGGAGGUGGUUGAUGCCACAUGGUAUUGCACACAAUCCCAACAAAUUGUGACAGUUUUUAAACUGUCAUGAAGUGACCUGAAUUCAUCCACAUCAUCUGGACCCCAUACCUCCAGUUGCAGCUUGGGUCAAGUGAGAAAUAAUGUGGAUUUUCAAGAGGUGCCACUGCAAAGAUUCACACCUAUACCAGCACUGGUUGUGGCCAGCUGUCAGUCUCAAAACAGAUUCUAGAGGGGCUCAUGGACCAUGUGAAAAAAAAGAUAUAUAUAUGUUGAUGUAUUCUUCCUUCAGCUUCACCCUGUUAAGGACCACCACAGUAUAUCACCUCCCUCCGCCUUUCUUUCAAUAACACAUUCUGGCUUCUGAUCUACAUGGUAGUAUCUUGAUAUCAAACAUUCUUAAAUAUAUUUCUUGAAGUAACAUAACCAUUUCAUCUAUUUAUAUUUCUACCAGUAUGUAUGCUAUUCAAUACAAAACUUGAAAUAUUUAUGCCUGCACUUUGAUGUCCAUUUGCUGCAGUUCUGCAGUGUCUUCAGGUGAUUACUAAUGUUUUACAGUAUCUAGUGGCAGCUGCCCACCUUUUAUUGCUAUACUUAAUAUGGUCCUGAAAAUAUUAUCUACCAUUUAGUUGUGUUUAUAUUUAAUUUUUAUUCUUGUCUCAUAUUAAGUCAGUGAAGGAUUUUUUUUUUUUUUUUUUUUUUUUUACAUUGAUAAAGAAUCAAACAUUAAUGAACAUGUACAAUUCACAUCACAGUGUGUGUGACCCAAGGUUGUGACAGGAUUUGAUAUUGUUUGUGUGCCGUUGCCUGCAGUGUAUGCAGUGACUGUACAAGUAGAUGCCUAUCCCGGUGGUGACUGAUACUGAGUUUGAUAAGAUGCCAAGAAGGGAAAGGAAUUAAAAUUGAAUUAUAUGUUUUUUAUAUAAAAAUUUAAGGAGCUUGCUUGUAUACAAUGCCUCAACAACCUGUUAUUUUAUGUGUCCAACAUGUUAGCAAGUAUAUUCUUAGGGAUUUAUUACUGUUGUCUUUGAAAUGUUGAGUGUAACACACAAACAAUUGUCAAUAAUAAUGAUGAAAUAUGCACAUGGAUUUUGGAAUACUUAGUUUGGUAUAACUGUUGAAUCAACAGACAUGUUUAAUUCAGGCUGCACUGGAGAUAUUAUAGGUCACCUUUGUAAUUCAUAAGCAAAACAAAAAAAUGUUUUUCAGGAGACUUUAUAUAAGAAUACUUAUAUUUACUAGAGGGACUUAGCACUAAGCAUAAUAGUUUAAACAUCUCACAUGAUCAGUAAUGAAUGACAAUCAGAACAUUUUGCAGAUCAGUUAACAAUAAAAGAUAUUAACAAGAAAGGUAAGAGCCAAAAUUUACUGCCAGAAAUAUGAAUUAAUGUUUUCAUUUGCACCUCCAGAAUUAGUAACUUUCAUCCUUAUAAAGACUGAAAUAAAGGAACCAUUUGUCCUCCAGUAAGGGAUUGCUUGUGGAGAGCAGUGAUGCUGCAGCAAAGUUUAGGUGCAGAAGUAUUUGUCAGUGUGUUAAACACAGCAUAUCAUUAGUAAUUACAUCAUUCAUGAUUUUCAAUAUUAUCGUCAUUGUCAGUUAGUUAGUUGUCUGUGUUUAAGUCAACAUUUAAGUUGACGGGCAACUUUUGAUAUUUGUGAACUCUGAUCCUAUGUAGGUUGUGUUUCCCCUUCCAAGGAAUGCUCAUGCAUGUAUUAUUAAUAAUAAUACACACACACACACACACACACACACACACACACACACACACGUGUGACGUGGGAUACAAGAGACACUAGAGGACACGGAAAGAAGCUGAAAAAAAGAUUUGUAGAAGAAAUAUCAAAAAGAAUAGUUUUCCCCAAAGAGUAGUUGAUAUAUGGAACUGUCAAAACAUGGAUGCAGUGUAACCAAAAACUUCAUAAUUUCAUGGCCAAGUUAGAUAAUAGAUACAGACAGGACAGUACAAGCAUAGCUCCUUUCCCACAUGACACAACUAGGUAAUCACACACACACACACACACACACACACUAGAUAAAUAAAUAAAGUAAGAUCAAUUUGAAAAACUGAUUAGCCAGUAUUGAAUGGUGAUCAAUUUCUGCUGCCUCUCAACUAGGUGCAAACACACUUGAAAACACUUAGAGCAUUAAGGUAUGAAUUUUAAACAAUAAAUAGUAAAUUCUAUGUCAGUUGUGAUGCAUUAGUGAAUCAGUGUUUUGAAAUGAGUGUGUAGAUGUGUUAUAAGUGUCACUGUCUGUAACUUUUACUUCACUUAGGAUGAACGAUGAUAUUACUGUGUUGAUGCAGAGAACUUCUAUUUGUGUCUAACUGGAUUUGUUGUAAUUGAAUUUCACUCUAUUAAGGGUCAUUUCAACUUUUUUCUUUCAACCUAGGAUUUUGUCAAUUAUUUAUUGAUAAAUGGAGAUGACCAUAAAGACACAGUGACAAAAAGGAUUAGUAUCCUCCACCAAACCAUAUGCCAUCUUUCUCAUUCUCUCUCUUACCUAUUGUCAUUAUCUACUUUAUUCCUGUUUAGCAGGUGAUAGAGAUUCACAGGUGCUGCAUCUAUACUUCAAAGAGUGAUAACUGGUAUCAAACUAAGCUCAGCUGUGGAAUUAGACCAGUUUUAUGAUGCACUCAGAGCUGUCUACAGUCAGCAUCAUGGCAGCACACUGCUCAGCAAGUGCAUUUUACUUAAGGCUUCUCAGCAAGCAUAAAAAUGGGCUUGGACAGAUUGACUUACUGUCAUCUCAAGUGCAUCCUUCCUCCUCAUGCAUGCUCAUAGCAACAAUAACCAGUAUUAAACAGGUCAUCAGUGUCAGUGUUCAUUGUGUCUUUGGUGACAUAUGAUUGACUCUGUACUCAAGGUAAAAGGCAUUAUGUUCUGUUCAUGCUGUGGUGUUUGUAGUGAUGAGUGGAAGGCAUGCUUGGUGAUAUCAUUCAAUCAUCAAUCUUUACAUUGCAAGCUUGAAUGAUGUCGAUAUAGCAAUAAUUAAUUUAAAAAUGCAAAACUUCCAGAAGCUCAUUCAAAAAUUCAUUCAUGGAGGCAACAUUGAAUUGUCUUUAUCUUUACCCCAUGGCUUCCAGCUUUUCUAUGAAGGCAGUUUGACUGUAAUCCAACUCUUACAGCAAGCCACCUGAAGGGAGACAGUGAGGACACCACUACUGUGGCUGUGGAAAGAUAAUUCCUCACUCCCUCCUUUAACGAAUCUCCAUAUAAGUUUCUGGAAGACUUGCAUUUUCUAAUUCACAUGUUUUGCUGUAUCGACAUCAUUAAUUCCAUCAUGUGAAGAUGUAUGAUUAAAUGAUACCACCAUGACUUGACUGCCUUGCUCUCAUCACAACAAACACCACAAAAUGAACAGAAUAAAAUACAUUUCAACCAGAGAAAACACCAGUUAAGCAUCACCAAAGACACAAUAAAUACUGACUCUGGAAAUUGAUACUGGUCAUUGUUGCUAUAGGCAUGAGUGAGGAGGAGAGAUACACUUGAGAUGCCAAUAAGUCAAUUUGACCCAGCUCAUUUUUCAUGCUUACUGAGAGGCCUUAAGUAAAACACGCUCCAUGUGCAAAGUGCACGGCCAUGACGCAAGAUCAGUGUUCUCUGAUUGUAUUAGGUGAUGUCAUAUGUGGUGGUCUUGGGAUGUUGUGUGUUACUAUGAUGGCCACCACUUGAUAAAACCUCUUAGCUAUUUUAGCAUAUCUAAAACCUUUUAUAGUGGCUAUUGGUGUCUGUAGGAUAAAUCUCUCAGUUGUUUACUCAUGGUGGGCCAAGAUGUGGAUUGCCCUAUAGCAUUAUGCACCAUUUAUUGCAAAAAUAAACAUGAUUUUAAACAUUGUCACCUGAGCUUGCUGUGGUCACAGUUAUCUUGGUAUUUCCCUCUUAUAAUGGGGAUCAGCUGCUGCCUUGUGUGACCCUAUCAUGGCCAUCCUGUUAUGGAUAUAUGGCAUCAGGUGAUUGACUGAUUGAUUGGCUGAUUGACUGCAAUAGCAUAUGAGGUGGUAUCAAAAAGUUCUGAGUUUAGGCUGAUAUACAAGAAAGUAUUUGCUUAAUUUAAGUUUGGGAUCACAUUGAAGUUCACAUUGAUGUCAAGAUGACACAGUUUCAGCUGCAGCUCCAUCUUUGCGAAGAAGUUGGCUUGGAUUCAUGAUCUCUCAUCAUCUUUCAGUGAUGUUCCGCUACUCAUGAAGCAUAUGUGCUUCUGUGGCGCACACAUGCUGAAUCAUAUCAAAGGUCUCUGUUGAAGAUUUGCUGAGUUUAACUCAGAAUUUGAUGUUUGCUCUCUGCACUAGUUUACAAUCAAUGAUGAAAUCACAAAUGAGCAUGCGCACAUGGUCACAAAAUUUGUCAUGGCACAGUUCACAACAUAAUCAGCAAAUUUGUUGAUGUCCAUUGCAACUCAUACAUCUUAAUGCCGCCUGUUGGUGUGCUGUGGAACAAGACUUGAAACUUCUUGGUGCCACCUUGUGUAAUACAGAUUUGAGUGUGCCACAUAAAUUAGUAUGUACAGUUGUCCUAAGUAGUGCUGUUACAAAGUCCACUUUUCAUGUCUAUAAAUGUAAUGGAAAUGAAUACAUGGAGUCAUGUAUUGCCAUACAUUGAGAACUCCACAAAGACCAAGAACAGAGGAUGUGAUGAAUAGAAACAAUUGUCUGAUACAGAUUUCUGUUAUGAAACAUCUUGUACAAUGUGACAUCACUUCUUAUGACAACUGUACAUUGAUUAAGAAAGUUAUUAGUCAAAACGAAUCACAAGAGUCAAGAGAAAAUAAAUUUCAUAUAUAUUUUUUUAUAUAUUUUUGUAAUUGUAUGUGUACCUUGUGAUUCAUCUCCCAUGUCCUGGUGUAACCUUCUUUGGGUAUUUACCAUGUCAUUGAAAAUUAUUUGAGAAGUUGUUCAUACUUGGUCAUUGUGUAUGUAGGAAGUGUUACCGAAGUCCUCAUCACACACACACACACACACACAUACACACACACACAUAUAUAUUUAGAAAAAUGUACAUUAUGGCUUGAUUUGAGUCUUAUAAAACAGGCAACUAGGAACACACACACACACACACACACACACACACACACACACACACACACACACACACACACAUACAGGACUACAGCUACAUAAAAAGUGAAAUAAUUUAUCUAAGUGUAGAUCUAAUAUGUUUUGUUGUGUUUAAUUGUUCUCAUGUCAAAACUAUAUUGCUGUAUUGUGAAAUCUGUUAAAUUGUCAACUAAAACAUGAAAACUUUGAUGAUUCA